AUGCCUUUUAAAUUUGUUAAAAUUAGCUACGAAACUUGGUUAUCCUAUAAAGCGGCAAACAUUACAAUUCGUGGCGUCUCCGGGAACUCAUGUACACCAAUUGGUGAAAUUACGGCUAGCAUAAAACCCAGAUUAAACGCGUUCGAAGCCAGUCUUCAGUUUUUUAUAAUGCAGAACGUGGCAAGUACACUACCUACAGUAUAUCCCGAAGAAAACAUAAUGAAGGUGAUUAACAGCAAAGAAUACGCAGAUCCGGAUGCAUGUUCAACGCGGAAAAUCUAUAUGAUUGUGGGAACUCAAGUGUUCUUUCGACUUCUAUGUAUUGGACAAAUUAGACCCGCAGGCACUGAUGCCAUUUGGCAAAAAACAGUUUUUGGUUGGAUUUUGUCAGGGCAUAUAACUUCUACAAACCCAAUGCACUGUUUGUCGGCGACAACAAGCACACUCGAUCCAAUCCAAAGGCAAGUUCAAAAAUUCUGGGAGCUAGAAGAGGUUGUACGGUCGUCGCCAGUUCAAGGGGUUUCAACGGAAGAAAAAGAUGUGAAGAACAUUUUCUGA